AUGGAUACAAAUACAGAUACAGAUACAUCAUUAUUAGAUGGGGAGUUUAGUUGUUUAAGUCAAUUGGAAAUUUUUAUAGAUUACAGUGACACGUACAUUGAAAGAAUGAAGAUACUUCGUCUUAAUGUAAAAGAUUUAUUAAAAUUUUUAGAAAAGGAAAUUCAAAAAUCACCGGAACCGACAGUAGUAGUGGAAGAUAAUACUGAAAGAAUCCCUAUAUAUAAACCAUCAAUGAGAUGGAGACUACAAAGAAUAGAAUAUUUUAUAGAAGAAUACAACGAAAAUUACUCUGAACAAUUGAAGUCAACUCAUGAUCAGCUAAAAUAUUUAUUAAAAGAUAUACAAAAGAUAAUAUCAGAAAAAUAA